CAGUCCACUCCAGCGCCUGAGUGAUUGCCUCUGGCCACUGCUUGGACCAAGUUUCCCAGCUCCUUGCGAAGGCUGCCCUCCAGCUGCAAACGGCCACGGUUGCUUUGCUAGACCCAAAGGGGCCUCAGGAGGUGGCCAAGAGGAGCUGCAGCUGUGCCCCCACCCUCCUUCCUCCUUCCGGGGCUUCCUUCCUCAGUUCUGAAUGGGGACAAGACCGCCUCCCCACUCUUCCCACCUCUGGCCUUUGCUGCCACUCUCCUCCAUCCUCUCCCCACCUCCCCCAGCCCCCUUUGCCAAAGCUCAUGUGAUGUCACAGAGGAUGAGGGGGUCCUGUCCCUCUAACACCUGAGGGCAUCACUCCAUUGCAUCCUGCAGCAUUUUAUUUUCUUCCUUCCACCCAUUUCCCUUGCAAUCCAUGGAAAACGCCCCCUCCCAAACACCAGAACUACUGCCACCCACCCCACCCCAGGCCACCAAUCCUUCAGGGACAUGCAGAGGUCCUGGUACAGCACCCAGCCUAGCCCCCUCCUAAACUAGAAGGAAAUCAUCUGAGCGGCCAAGGAGCCUCUCCUCCCUGGGUUUUGGGGUCUCUCUUUCCCUCUGGGCUUACCCUUCUAGUGGGAAGAAAAGGAGGAAGGAGGGAAGAGAGAGAGAAAGAGAGAGAGAGGGAGAGAGAGAGCAGACAGCCCCCUAGACGUCGGCCGCACUGGUGAACUGAGCCGCUGGCCCCUGCCUCCUCCUGCCUUUCCUGCCUCUCCAAAGUGCCUUCCCUCCUUAAGCAGCAGCUCCACUCCAUCAGUCUCCCUCCCUGGUCUCUCUUCCCCACCCCUUUUGCCUGCCUUUCCCCCUCCACCUAACCCCACCUUCACUCUCCUCUCCGAGGGGGGAGGCUGGGGGUGGGGAAAGAGCAUCCCAGAGCCCCAGCCCCGGCAGAGAUGUCGAAGAAACGCAAAGCCCUGGAGGGUGGAGGAGGUGGAGGAGAGUCCCCGCUCCCAGAGGAGGAACCCACUGCCUGGUUUGAGGGCAGCAGCGAGGAGCAAGCCAGCUGCCUGCCCUUCACACUUAAAAGUGGGAGCAGAGGGCCCGCUUUGCUGACAUUGAGAAGCAGGACAGACACCCAGGAGCAGAUGAGCAAUGACCCAGCAGAAGGCAGCCUGGACUCACGCAAUGCAACAGGUCUGACGGAUGAAAAAGUGAAGGCAUAUCUUUCUCUUCACCCCCAGGUAUUAGAUGAAUUUGUAUCUGAAAGUGUUAGUGCAGAGACUGUAGAAAAAUGGCUGAAGAGGAAAAACAACAAACCAGAAGAUGAGUCGGCUCCUAAGGAAGUCAGCAGGUAUCAAGAUACAAAUAUGCAGGGAGUUGUGUACGAACUAAACAGCUACAUAGAACAACGGCUGGACACAGGAGGGGACAACCAGCUACUCCUCUACGAACUGAGCAGCAUCAUUAAAGUUGCCACAAAAGCUGACGGGUUCGCGCUGUACUUCCUCGGAGAGUGCAACACUAGCCUGUGUGUGUUCACCCCGCCCGGAAUCAAGGAAGGAAAACCCAGGCUCAUCCCCGCCGGGCCCAUCGCCCAGGGCACCACCACCUCCGCCUACGUGGCCAAGUCCAGAAAGACGCUGCUGGUAGAAGACAUCCUUGGGGAUGAACGAUUUCCAAGAGGUACCGGACUGGAGUCAGGGACACGUAUCCAGUCUGUUCUUUGUCUGCCAAUUGUCACUGCGAUCGGGGACUUGAUCGGCAUCCUGGAGCUUUACCGGCACUGGGGCAAGGAGGCCUUCCGCCUGAGCCAUCAGGAGGUUGCAACAGCAAAUCUUGCCUGGGCAUCAGUAGCAAUACAUCAGGUGCAGGUAUGCAGAGGUCUUGCCAAACAGACUGAAUUGAAUGACUUUCUACUCGACGUAUCAAAAACAUAUUUUGAUAACAUAGUUGCAAUAGAUUCUCUACUUGAACACAUAAUGAUAUAUGCAAAAAACCUGGUGAAUGCCGAUCGCUGUGCCCUUUUCCAGGUCGACCAUAAGAACAAGGAGUUAUAUUCAGACCUGUUUGAUAUUGGAGAGGAGAAGGAGGGGAAACCUGUCUUCAAGAAGACCAAAGAGAUCAGAUUUUCCAUUGAGAAAGGAAUUGCUGGCCAAGUAGCGAGAACGGGGGAAGUCCUGAACAUUCCAGAUGCCUACGCAGACCCACGCUUCAACAGAGAAGUGGACCUGUACACGGGCUACACCACCCGGAACAUCCUGUGCAUGCCCAUCGUCAGCCGGGGCAGCGUGAUCGGCGUGGUGCAGAUGGUGAACAAAAUCAGUGGCAGUGCCUUCUCGAAAACGGAUGAAAACAACUUCAAAAUGUUUGCUGUCUUUUGUGCUUUAGCCUUACACUGUGCCAAUAUGUAUCACAGGAUCCGGCACUCGGAGUGCAUCUACCGGGUCACCAUGGAGAAGCUGUCCUACCACAGCAUCUGCACGGCCGAGGAGUGGCAGGGUCUCAUGCACUUCAGCCUGCCCGGCCGCCUCUGCAAAGAGAUUGAACUGUUCCACUUUGACAUUGGUCCUUUUGAGAACAUGUGGCCUGGGAUUUUUGUCCACAUGAUCCAUCGGUCCUGUGGGACAUCCUGCUUUGAGCUUGAAAAGCUGUGCCGAUUUAUCAUGUCUGUGAAGAAAAACUACCGCCGGGUCCCGUAUCACAACUGGAAGCACGCGGUCACCGUGGCGCACUGCAUGUACGCCAUCCUGCAGAACAACCGCGGGCUCUUCACCGACCUGGAGCGCAAAGGACUGCUCAUCGCGUGUCUGUGUCAUGACCUGGACCACAGAGGCUUCAGCAACAGCUACUUGCAGAAAUUCGACCACCCGCUGGCUGCCCUCUACUCCACCUCCACGAUGGAGCAGCACCACUUCUCCCAGACCGUGUCCAUCCUCCAGUUGGAAGGGCACAAUAUCUUCUCCACCCUGAGCUCCAGUGAAUAUGAGCAGGUGCUUGAGAUCAUCCGCAAAGCCAUCAUUGCCACAGACCUUGCUUUGUACUUUGGAAACAGGAAACAGUUGGAAGAGAUGUACCAGACCGGAUCGCUAAACCUUAAUAACCAAUCACAUAGAGACCGUGUCAUUGGUUUGAUGAUGACUGCCUGUGAUCUUUGUUCUGUGACAAAACUGUGGCCAGUAACACGACUGACUGCAAAUGAUAUAUAUGCAGAAUUCUGGGCUGAGGGGGAUGAGAUGAAGAAGCUGGGGAUACAGCCGAUUCCCAUGAUGGACAGAGACAAGAAGGACGAGGUCCCGCAAGGCCAGCUCGGGUUCUACAACGCCGUGGCCAUCCCCUGCUACACCACCCUCACGCAGAUCUUCCCCCCCACGGAGCCUCUCCUGACGGCAUGCAGGAAUAACCUGAGCCAGUGGGAGAAGGUGAUUCGAGGGGAGGAGAGCGCCGUGUGGAUCUCGAACCCCCAGGAGGCCCAGGGGACCGCUGAGAGCUGCCUGUGAGGACGGCGCUGCUCCCCGGCCGGUGAGCUGCUGCGCCUCGAGGCUUCAUCCUGCUUCUCUGACUUUUCGCCCUUUUUAUUUUUUUGGUAGGGGGGAGCCUACACCUGGUGACAGGGAUGCAAACCUCUACCAGAAGGCACCGCCGAGUCAGUGUGCCCCGCAGCGGCCCCCGCCCGCUCUGUA